AUCCACAUACAUUGGUUAAAGACACUUAAAGUACUGGAUUCCCCAUGUUUGGACAAGUCUUAGGUUUUGCUUAUAAUAACCCGAAACCUCAGCUUCUGUGUUUCUACAGAUUUGGCAGACAGCACGCAGUUGGGUCUCUGUGGGAGUUGGAGUUGUGAUUGGAUUUGAUCUUGAAAUCUGGGCUCUUGCGCCCUGUGGCUGGUUAAAUCCAUGAUCAUCAGCAUCCCAUGGACCCUUCUCCAGUUCGAACCACUCCAGUUUUUGAACCACAACAAGAUGAUGAGUGGGACAACGAUGGAUUUGUGAUUCCAAGUUUGGUUAUCGAAGACCAAGAUAAAACUAAUGAUGAUGCUCCUAUAGUAGAAGACCCAAAACCUCCAUCUCCAAAGGACAAAAAACAAGAGAAUAUAUAUUUAGGACCGCACGGAGCGCCCCCUACACAUUCAAAGCAGCAAGAGGUAAAUCCUUCUAGCCGUAAACAGAAGUUCAAGCAGAAAUUAAAGGAAGCAGAUCAGAAGAGUUGUGGGACUGGUCGAGAGAAUAAGUUGGACAAUCUGCGAGAACUUGUGGGUGGUGGGAACGGAAGCAGCAACAUGGCAAAAGGUACUUCGAGGGACUGGUUAGACCCCCACUGUCAUGAGUCUGAGUUUGAAAAGUGGCAUCCCCAGUGAUUGUUAUAUCUGAAUUUCGCAGACCAUUGUCUGGUUUAAAACUUACUGCUGUUUUAGUUAUUUGAACUGCACAGCCCUUGUUUGGUGGAAUGGUUACAUUGUCUCUGCAGACACUUGGGGCAAUGCAUGUUGACAAUAAAAUUUCAGUUGAAACCAGAAUUCGCUGUUCAAGACCAAUUGUAAUUUUAUUGCAUAGACAAGUGUUAUGCACUAGUAUAUUUGCAUC